UUUAAAUUUUGAAUGUGGAGAAAUAAGUCAAAAAACGUAAACGUAAUGACUAAUGUCAACAAUCCCUCGAAAUAGCUAAAUUCACGGAGUAUAGCUACUUAAAAGUUAUGUAAAUGAUACUAAAAGAUGUCACAGGAUCUUCCGGCUUAAAAAAUCAGUUUUAAAUGCCUUCGAAGCAGGAAAACUUUUAUUUGUUCUCAUUUUGUUUGAAAUGCAUAAACUUUGUGCAAGAAAUGCGUGUAUAUAGAAAGUAUAGGAAAUCUACAAACAGAAUUGAGUUAAGGUACGUGUGGGUAACUAUCAGGCUCGCCAGGGCCUGCCCUAUUUACUUCAAUAUUGUGUUUAUAUGUUUUGUUUUGCAUGUGUCACGAGGUGAAAUGAUGUCCCCGUUGCGUCGGCCGGUAAUUUUAAUACAAACCAUGCUUGACUUCCUUUUAUUUGCUUGCACGCAGUCGUUAAAGUGUGAUUGUAUUUCGUUUAACAACAAACAGAGGUGAAAUCCAUCUUACUAUGUAAUCAUUUCGUUUCGAAUAUGGACUCCGUAAUCUUAAAUCCGCAGAACAGUCCAAAAGAUAAAAUGGAGGCGACAACAGGGACGCCAUUGCUUGAAUUAAAAAAUUUAAACGGAGAAACUUCGAUCAAUAAUCCACAUUUGAUGAAGUUCAGAAAAUCCGUGGUUAUAAAUCCAUUGAUAAGGGCUGUUCGACGUGGGUUACGCACGGCGGAGAAAUUCCUGAGCGACCAAAAAGACAUCGAGAAAUUGCAAAUUACAGACGCAGAUAUUACUGGGAGAAAUAUCUUUCAUCUUAGCGUUCAAAGAGAAGAACUCCUCGAAUUUCUUUUGGACAAAUUUAAAAAGCAUGAAAAUUUAAUCCAAGCACUUCACGGAGAAGAUAUGAAUGGACACACUCCAGCUCAUAUUGCGGUCCUUCAUAACGAAAGAAAGAGCAUGCACAUGUUGGCCGAGGUGGAUAAAAAUGUCUACACGAUUCGCAGUUCGAAAACGGGACAAACCUUAAUCCAUUGCGCCGUGGAAUCUUGCAAUUUAUACAUUGUUCAAGAUAUCUUAGAAACAAGGCCCGAUGCGUUGUAUGAUAAAGAUAUGGACGGAGAAUCCCCACAGCAUUACGCAGCCGCCUUGGAGGAGUACUUUUUGUUGGAGUACCUUCUGUCUCAAGGAGCUGAUAUUUUUGAAACUGACAAAAAUGAAUCCACACCACUUCACUUUGCGGCAGCAGCCGGCUCAAUAGCUAACGUCAAGCUUCUGGUUCUCGAUGAAGAGGAUCUCUCAAGAUCCGAGGAUAAUUUAGGAAGGUCAGCUCUACACAUCGCCUGUAUGAAAGGCAAUCGAAAUAUUGUCGCAUUUCUUCUUGAGAAUGGCGCUGACCCGCUGGUGAAAGAAAAAGAUGGUUUAAACUGUUUGGAACUUGCUGUAGCAAAUAAACAAGAUGGUGUCGUUAAAGAGUUGCUGCUUAGUAACUAUUGGAGAGAACUGAUCGAGGCAUGGAAAGGUGGAGCAAAGAGAUGUUUUGCUCACCUCGUAGAUAAAAUGCCAGAUAACGCUAAGAUCUUGUUGGAUCGCUGUGUCGUCAAGAGCGAUGAUAAACGUCACUCUCUCGACUACAAUAUCACAUACGACUUCUUCUUAUUAGAACCGACAGGCUCCAAAUUUUACGGCCUCGAAGCGAUCACAGAAAAUAACGAAGAACAAUGUCUGACUCACAAUCUUUGCAGGAAAUAUUUCAGCGUGAAAUGGCGAGAGAAAGGCUGUUAUUUAUAUUUGGCCAAUCUCUUUCUCUACCUCUGUUUCCAUGUUUUGUUCAAUGUGUACGUUGCCUUGGUUCGCGGGGCCAUCGCAAGACGGGUGAGACAUCCUGAUGAAGUUAACACAACUGUCAGCACGAAGGUUAAACAACACCCUACGGCUGCAGCAAGUCCUGACGAGCCAGGCCCGAUCAUUGCGACAGUUGUUAUCGUAACUGUAACAAUAUUUAAUGUCAUUAAAGAAUUUAUUCAGAUGCACCAGCAACGUUGGAGAUAUUUCAAACAAGUUUCAAAUUAUUUUGAGUGGACAUUGUACGUCUGCGUCAUGGUAUUCAUGUUCCCAGUGAGAAAGACAAAAACUGAAGACCAGUUUGGAGCGGCUGCCAUUGCUGUUUGUAUCUCUUGGUUCAAUCUCAUUUGGUUUCUGCGCCGAAUUCCAGAUAUUGGCACUUACAUUUUGACUCUGCAGAAGGUUUUCAAAACGCUUGUUAAGAUGCUUCUGUUGAUCGUAUUAUUCUGUAUGGCCUUCGCUUCAACGUUCUAUCUGCUGUUUGCAGAGCAAGACAGAUUUGUGAACUAUCCCAUUGCGGUUCUGAGCACGUUCGUCUCGAUGCUGGGAGACUUUGCCUACGAUGAUUUGUUUGUUGAAGUUGGUAUUUAUAAAGAUUUCCAUACUUUUAAACUUGUGAUGUUUGUGGUGUUUGUUCUGCUGAUGGUUGUUGUUGUAAAUAAUGUUUUGAUUGGUCUGGCUGUCGGUGACACGGAGUAUGUUAUGAACAUGGCUAAAGUUCAAAGACUGAGGCAACACAUGAAAUUCAUAAUCGAAGUUGAAACAUCGAUAUUUAGUAGACUCCCGUGCUUUAAAAAGAAAAACAAAACUUUGGUUCACAUUGAAUACCCAAACCAUACGAAAUCAUGGAGGACCAGUUUCAACAGACUCCUAGCGGGCGAGAUGAACACGUUUUAUAAUGUGGAGGAGAGCGACGAGGAAGAUGAUGACGAGGCUUUGACACAGGAGAAAGUCGAGGAAAUCGUACAAGCGAGGCUGGAGAAUUAUCAUAAGAGAAUGAUACAAGAGUUGAAAGAUUUUCACGUGGAUAUAGUGGAAAAAUUGGGAGAUAUGGUCAACUGAAGAACGAAAUGAUAAGUUAUAAGAUGUUUGUAGUUGAAGUUAGCUGAUGAUUGGUGCAAAAACAUUCAGUAAGGGUUAAGGGUUAACCAAUCCAAACGCGGGCAAAUGAAAUAUUUUAGAGUGUAAAUUUUAACUGCCAAAUGUGGAGUUAAACUCUAUUGUUAUCCUUUUUUGCAAAUUGGUGGUUUUAUUGGUAAAUUUAACUGUCAGGGUUCGAGAAAAAUAGCACACAUCUCUCAUAGAAAUUUCUUUGUAAUCAAAUACAAAACCGCUUGAUACAUAAUUGCGAAAUUCCGCAUUUUCGUCCCACUCAGAUAAUUACCGAUUAUUUGUUGCUUCAUGAUUGCUCUGAACACCCAUGCAGAGAAUCAAAAAUUGCUCUCAUACCUACACGGUAAGAUUAAUCUCGUGACUUCUAAGUUGUCUGAAUGAUUAAAACGUUUACGAGCUUUUUCUUCCGUUAACAUGGACAUAUAUAUAUAAAAGUUCUCACGUUUUUAUCCUUAGUGAAUGAAAACACAGAGGUCUUGGAAAGGAAUUAUAGUGAAUGCGUAUGACGGUAGGCAAAGGGGGGUCCAAGCAGAUAAAGAGCAGGCCCAAGCAGGUAAAGACACUUAAUUUAAAUUGGAGCAUUAUAGUACAAUAGCUAUCAUUCAAGUGUAACGUCUCUAGCGGCGCUGUGUCCUCAUCUGAGAGUCGAAGUUGUUGAAAGAGGAAGAGUAUAUAUUAACCAGGUAAGAAUCAUUCAUGUCAAUAUUCGUAGAAAAUUAAAUGUCUGAUAUGACGUAUAUUUAUAAUUCAACGCAAGUCCGGAUCCUAAACUGGGUUUCAUUGUAAUGAGGGCAAAGCCAGGCGAGCUUUCGUUUUAAAGUUGUCAAGCAUAGAUAUAAAAAUCAUCAUCGAUUUCCAUCAUUACCACGUAGAUUGAUCAAGCAUGGUAUAUAGACAAAUAACAUUUCGAUAAAUACCUGCAACGUUAUACUAGUCGGAAAAUUAAUUAUUCUCAUAAUUAUGCUAUACUGUUAUAUAAACGUCAAAAAUUCACUCGCAAAAAUCAAUGAAUAUAACCAAGAGUACUAUAUAUAUGUAUAGUUGCAUAUAGUAAUUCACACUUUCAGCCAAAUUUUUGUC